GAUAUUGUGGUUUCUAAAGCUGAACUUAAAUAAAAAGUAUUGAGAUGAAUAAUGAAGAGGACUUUCUGCAGAAGGACUCAACAAGAGAUGAAGGCAAUGAGACUGAAGACAACAGCAUGAAUAAAUUAAGAAGGAAGAAAGUCACUAAACCACAUGUUUGUUCAACUGAAGUGGGAGAAAUGGAUAUGUCCAAUUCAAAUGAUUGCAUGAGGGACAGCAGUCAAAUUCUGGCCCCACCUCAACUCUCUUCUAGAAUGAAACACAUUAGACAAGCCAUGGCCAAAAAUCGCCUCCAGUUUGUACGAUUUGAAGCAACAGACCUCCAUGGCGUGUCCAGGUCUAAGACUAUCCCUGCACACUUUUUUCAAGAGAAAGUGAGCCAUGGAGUUUGCAUGCCCCGAGGUUAUCUUGAAGUGAUACCGAAUCCUAAGGACAGUGAAAUGAAUCGCAUAAGAGCCACAUGUUUUAAUAGUGACAUAGUCCUAAUGCCAGAGAUAUCAACCUUUAGAGUUUUACCAUGGGCUGAUAGAACUGCAAGAGUGAUAUGUGAUACCUUCACUGUGACUGGUGAGCCUCUUUUGACUUCCCCAAGGUACAUUGCAAAGAGGCAGCUGAGCCAGCUGCAGGCCUCUGGCUUUUCCCUACUUUCUGCUUUCAUCUGUGAUUUUUGCAUUUUUGGUGUGCCUGAAUUUCUAAAUUCAAAGACUAUAUCAUUUCCUGCUUCAACAUUUUUAAAUAACCAUGAUCAGCCCUUCAUGCAGGAACUUGUUGAUGGCUUGUAUCACACUGGAGCAAAUGUCGAGAGUUUUUCCUCCUCUACCAGGCCUGGUCAGAUGGAAAUCUGUUUCCUGCCUGAAUUUGGCAUUAGCUCAGCUGAUAAUGCAUUUACCCUCAGAACAGGUGUCAAAGAAGUGGCAAGGAAAUAUAAUUACAUUUCCAGCUUCUUCAUUGAGACUGGAUUUUGUAAUUCAGGGACUUUGUCUCAUAGUCUCUGGGAUGUCGAUAGGAAGAAGAACAUGUUUUGCAGCACUUCUGGAACUGAGCAGCUGACGAUCACUGGGAAAAAAUGGUUGGCAGGACUCUUGAAGCACUCUGCUGCACUCAGCUGCCUGACGGCGCCUACUGUUAGCUGCCGAAAGCGUUAUUCCAAGGACAGUAAAGACCUGAAGGAGAGUGUGCCUACAACGUGGGGAUACAAUGACAACAGCUGUAUAUUUAAUAUCAAGUGUCAUGGAGAGAAAGGCACCCGGAUAGAAAAUAAGCUAGGCUCAGCAACAGCAAACCCUUACUUGGUGCUGGCUGCAACUGUUGCUGCAGGCUUAGAUGGACUUCAUAGCAGUAAUGAGGACUUGGCUGGUCCAGAUGAGAGCACAGACUUUUACCAAGCGGAAACUUCUGAGAUCCCUUUAAAACUGGAAGAUGCCCUUGUGGCACUGGAAGAAGAUCAAUGUCUGAGGCAGGCUCUAGGAGAAACUUUUAUUCGAUAUUUUGUUGCCAUGAAGAAAUAUGAGUUGGAGAAUGAAGAAAUAGCUGCAGAGAGAAAUAAAUUCUUAGAGUAUUUUAUUUAGAAUAGAACUCAUAACUACUCCUUUAGAGAUUAUUGUUACUUAAUCUACCAAAACAAAGACUGAACUUUUGUAAUUAACAACAGUAACAAUAACAAGACUACGAAUGCUUUUGACUUUUUUUUUUUUUUUUUUCCCUCCAUGGAAUAUUUGACAGAUGAAGUAGGACUGCUGAGAAGAUUCUGAUAACAGAAACAAACAACAAAGUCAUGGUGAAGCUACAAUAUGCAAACUUACCAGAUCUUGUCAGUUAGUCAUUUCCUAUGUGUAUGUUGACCUGGAUAGGAAUAUCCAAUUUUGGGGGGCAAUAAAUAUAUUUGCACAUUAAAAAAAAAAAGACUUAAGCAUUAGAAAGCAAAUUUAAAUGACUAAAAAA